ACUUUAUAGAAACCGUGGUGAAAUGAUCCGUAUUACAUCAAUGCUAUCAAAUCAGCUAACCACAAGAACUAAACCAGCAAUUAGACAUCAAAAUAAACAUGUUUUGGAGAGAAAAAGACAAAUCACAUUGGGCUGGUAACAUAAUGGGCCAAAAGAGCCACAUACGUUAGCAGCGUAUCAGGCCCAAAUAGCCAUAUCUCAAGAAAAAGACCUGAUGGGACUACUCCCCUGUUUCUCCCAAAGCAACGGCCAUGGUAACCCUUUUCAGAUUCUCACUUCGUCUCCUACCGGUUUCCGCCGCCGUGACAUGUCGCUCCAUCCGUUUCCCCGUUUCAAGAACCGACUCCUCACACUUGUUGAACCGUAGUCUGUAUAAGUUUUCUUCUUCCUCCUCCUCUGUAAAGACAAAUGCUGGUUGGCUAUUGGGUCUUGGAGACAAGAAGAAACAAACGAAUUUACCGGAUAUUGUAGCAGCUGGAGACCCGGUUCUGCACGAGAAGGCCCGAGAGGUUGACCCGAAAGAAAUCGGGUCGGAGCGUAUUCAGAAGAUAAUUGAUGAUAUGGUUAAAGUUAUGAGAUUGGCUCCUGGUGUUGGCCUUGCUGCUCCUCAGAUUGGUAUCCCAUUAAGAAUUAUUGUUUUGGAAGAUACAAAAGAAUAUAUAAGUUACGCACCAAAGGAAGAGGUUCUUGCUCAAGAAAGACGUCCUUUUGAUCUCAUGGUUAUGGUGAAUCCGGAGCUAAAGGGGGUUAGCAACAAGAAAGCUCUCUUCUUUGAAGGAUGUCUGAGUGUUGAUGGAUUCAGAGCUGUGGUGGAGAGAUACCUUGAAGUGGAAGUCACAGGCUACGAUCGUCAAGGAAAGAAAAUCGAAGUGAAUGCUUCUGGUUGGCAAGCGAGGAUUCUGCAACACGAGUGCGAUCAUUUGGAUGGUAAUCUUUAUGUGGAUAAGAUGAUACCACGUACUUUUAGGACAGUCGACAACUUGGACUUGCCUCUCGCAGAAGGCUGUCCUAAACUCGGGCCUCAAUGACAAGACAAUGUUUGAUUCUUAAACACGAGAGCUUUAUAUCUUAAAUUUAAAAGGUUGUUUUGUUUCGGAUUCAAGAAUUUUAUUUAAUUCAUUUACGAAUAUAUU